GGUUGAAUCAAAAGUACAAGGUACACCUAUAAAAAAUGAACACGUUCAGAACGUUCGUGUUCUCGAGAAACAAAUCUGUUCUUGUACAUAAUAAUCUAACGUUUAUACAGUUUAGAAAAUUACAUGUAAAUGCAUUUUCAUGUGCAAAAAAAGACGUCAAAGCACUGUCCCAAAAGGUGGACAAAUUCCUAGAUGCUGAGAAGGACCCAGAAAAGCUUUGCAAGUAUGUGUGUGGUGCCAACAUAAUGAACAAAGGAAGUGACCCUGAAAUAAAACCGGACAGUGAAUAUCCUGAAUGGCUCUGGAAUCUUAGAAUUAAGAGAGGAGCCAAUGAGCAUGAACCAGGCACUUACAAGUACUGGAGGCUUCUGCGCCGAAGAACGAUACAACAAAUGAACAAAGAGAGGAGGAAAGUUUGAUUGGCCAAUAAAAUCAGUUCUCACACGUUU